AUGAGGGCAAUCAGUAGCUUCGAGACAUCCUGCACGAUGAGAGUUCUGAUUUUGACCGCUGCCCUCUUGGCUUGCACAACCGCUGCGCCUUCUGGUGCAUUUUUCGGUCCAAUUGCACACAUCGCCUAUUCUGCGGUAACUAUUCCUAGUGUUGUACCCACAAUAUCGCCAGGUGACUUACAAGCUGCCGAAAUAAACGCAAAAGUUCAAGUUGAGCAGCAAGCGCAAGCUGCAGCCGACAAGGCGAGAGAAUUAGCUGAACAAGCAACAGAGAAACAAGAUGAGGGUAUCAUUGAAGCUAAUGAUUUAGCAAAAGAGCGGGCCGAAGAGUCAUUCUGGGCAGCAGAAGAACAGAAGUGGCAAGCUUUAGACGCUUUAAAAACCGCUGAAGCUCAGAUUGAUGGAUCUUUAGCGAGCAGGGCGAGUGAUGUCGCUUUAGCAGCGUAUAGUGUACCAACUGCUAAUCAGGCACUAACAGGACUUUUGGGACAGUCUGUUGUAGCGGCAGAACCAAAAAUCAUUGUCCCUGAAGGAAUCAAAGCAGAUGAACAAAAGGAAAAAGCUGAAAGUAACGCAAUGGGUGCAGUCAAAUUAGUGCAAGCGGAGAGCAAACCAGAAAAUGCUGAAAAAAUCAUGGAGAACGAUCAGGCAGAUGCAGCUAAAAUGGAAUCGUCAGCGUCAGUGAAAACUGCAGAAGAAGUUAAAGAAAAAACUCCAGCUGCUGCUAUGCAAGUCGAGAGCAAACAAGAAAAUGCUGAAAAGCCCGUGGUGAACGAUCAAGUAGAAGCAGCUAAAAUGGAAUCGUCAGCGUUAGUGAAAACUGCAGAAGCAGUUAAAGAAGAAACUCCAGCUGCUGCUAUGCAAGCCGAGAGCAAACAAGAAAAUGCUGAUAAGCCCGCGGAGAACGUUCAAGCAGAAGCAGCUAAAAUGGAUACGUCAGCGUCAGUGAAAACUGCAGAAGAGGUUAAAAGAGAAAAUCUAGCUGCUGUCUUUUUAGCUCAAACUCACCAAGCACCUCUGGCGUCUAAUGUCUUUUUAGCGCAACCGUGGCUAAAACAAGGAUAUGCACCAAUUUCCUACAUUUCUGGUUUACAAAGCUACGUUCCAAAUCUCAUUCCAAAUUAUAACGGUCAAGUAAAUCCAAUUAUUUUUAGAGCUGCGUGGUAA